CCCCAACUACGCAUAACUCUUAUAUUUGAGCAUACAAGGCGACCCAAUCGUCCUCACCUUCCGUCCUCACCAAAGUUCCUUCAAAUCCUGUAAGAAUGGGCGGUUCUGUUAUUGUGAUCGACUCCAAGGCGGCUUGGGACGCUCAGCUGGCCAAGGGCAAGGAGGAGCACAAGCCGAUUGUUGUCGACUUCACUGCUACGUGGUGCGGUCCUUGCAAGAUGAUUGCGCCGCUGUUUGAGACGCUGAGCAACGACUAUGCUGGCAAGGUCAUCUUCCUGAAGGUCGAUGUUGACGCCGUCGCGGCUGUUGCCGAGGCUGCCGGCAUCACCGCCAUGCCCACCUUCCAUGUGUACAAGGAUGGCGUGAAGGCGGACGACCUAGUGGGCGCCAGCCAGGACAAGCUCAAGGCCCUGGUCGCCAAGCACGCCGCCGCGUAAAAGCAUUGCAGGGGAGUCAGCAGCUGCGGGAAGGAAGCGAGGAAAGGGUUGGUGUUGUUGUUGAUGGUGUUGGAGCGGACACCCAGCCGUUGCUAGACUGGGUGGCGGGUGGCCUGAAGGAGCGCGAAUGGGGGCGCGCACAAAUGGGUUUGCACACAUGCGCACACUUGACGGCACUCGGCAAGGUGGCAUAGAGGCGCGCUGCGCGUGCUGGCUGCUUCGUGACGGGCCCGCAACAGUGUUGCUGCACAGCGUGGGCAUUGCAUGUGUUGCAAGCGCUGGCGUGUGAUGUACGCGUUACAUCCCAGAUAGGAAGGAUACUGAGCGCUAGGGUCGGACAUCCAGGAGUUGGCUGCCUGGCAUUAUAGCGACCAGGCAGCUCUUUGAGGACGUGUCCACGGCCAGCGACCAGCCGUUCAGGAGGUGUGCUGCUGCGAGUGGUAGCAAACGCGUCGCAAUCGGCCCUUGUAAUUUUAUAGCAGUUAUG